AUGUUCAGCCACUGGAAACACGAGCAGCCCAAAGCCGCUACCACCGGUACAUCCGCCACGCUCGGCACGUCGCCAACAGGAGCGUCGACCUCUCCCCUUCACGACCGUGCCAUGGCCGAUGUCCAGAAAGAAGCUACCCAAGAACGCCCACGCCGCUGGUCGUUGGACUUCGAAAUGCGCCGCGGCUCAAACCCCCUCUCGAAGGGGAUCAACCCUUGA